AAUCUCAUCUCUCCUCCUCCUCUGGUUCCCCUUUUCUCCUCCCUAUUCUUCCUGAUCCCCUCUCAAAUCCUUUUGUUGAUCUGUGAGACUAGCCCAGGGCCUCACACUCCCACCACCUAGGAGGAGGAGCACGCAUGUCUUCUUGUGGCGGCUGGAGCUUCGGCGCAGGCCACACGUUCGACGGAAUGUCUGAGAAGCUCAACUACGAAGAAAACAUCCAAACGGAAGCGGCUGGUGGCGAGGACCGCAUCAGCGCCCUCCCGGACGAACUCCUCCAGUACGUGAUGUCGUUCCUGCUUUCCCGCGACGCCGUGCGGACAUGCGUGCUCGCUAGGCGCUGGCGCACGCUCUGGAAGUCCAUGCCCGCCCUACGCAUUGAUGACCCCGACAGCUACCACGCUGCUACGGGCUCCAGCACGUUUGUCGACGAGCUGCUUCGUCUCCGUGACCCAACGCCUCUGAAUGUAUGUGACAUCCGUUCUGGUUGUCAGGAGACUGCGAACACCAAUUGGGCCAAGGAGGCAUUCCGACACAUGGAACCAUGGCUCCUGUAUGCUUUAUCCUGUCAAGUUCCAGUGCUUCGGAUUUGUUUUCCCUGGCGGGUAAUCAACAUGACUCUUGUCUCAUCGCACUUGAAGAGGUUACAUCUUUACCGCAUGCGAUUUGAGGGAUGCUCUCUGGAUUUUUCGAGCUGUCAGGUGCUAGAGGUGUUAGAGAUGAAAGCUUGUCAUAUCCAUGUGAAUCUCUUGUCCCAGUCAUUACGAUUUCUUAAAAUUCACAACACGAGUUUUGGUUUUGAUCCCCGCACUCGUAUUUCUGCCCCAAAUCUCAUUGGCUUCAGACUAGCUCCAUUUUACGGUUUGGCUCCUUUGCUUGAUAGCAUGCCAUCACUGGUAGCAGCAUCUAUUACACUUGGAGAAAUGUGCGAGGAAAUGUGUUACUGUGGAAAUCUAUCAUGUGGGGGAUGCGAUGCUCAAGCCGGUAACAACGACUAUCCUGUGGCUCUCCAAGGUUUGUCAGGUGCUACGAAUUUGAAGUUGACAACAAUAUCUUAUCCGAUAAGGCUGUCUGUUUUGAGAAUGGAUUUGACAUGGCGCCCCAUGUUUAGGAAGCUAACAAAGUUGUUGCUCAAUGAGUGGUGUGUGGCUGAUGAUUUCACUGGAUUGAUUUACUUUCUCCAGCACUCACCCAUUCUAGAGACACUGAUACUUCAGCUUGAUUUGCAAACUUUUGAGGAUUAUCAUUUGAACGAAAUUGAUGGAAGUUGUAACUCAAGGGAACAAUCAUUGCUAUCACAACAUCUCAAGGUAGUCAAAAUUAUAUGUGGCACACGGGAAGAUGUGAUAGUUCACCGUAUUUCAAAGAUCCUAUGUGCCCAUGGAGUACCUUCUGAGCAAAUUGAGAUAGAAUAGACCUUCUGUUUGAUUGGUUCCAUUUCUAUUGGGUGGCGUUGUUUGGCUGGUCUACUUCGCCCUCCGUUCUUCGGUUUUCAUGGAUCUAGCUCCAUCAAGUUGCUGCUUUUCGUCUACUAGCUAAGUGUCUCAUUCCUAUGAACUCGCUCAUAUGUAAUUUGCUGGGUACUUUUUGCUCGGGUGCAGUAAGAACAUGUUGAAGUGUCGCCGUAGUCCUAGUGCACUUCUGCUCAUUUGCUGAACCGAGUGUGAGGCCUGAACCUAUUUGCCUGCUGAAGGCCUAUGUUUUGGUAAGAUGUUUCAGGGACCUGUCUAGUGUUGUUUCAGGAUUGUGCUAAUUAAUGUGUACGGUGUGAUUG